CUUAAGCGUACAUCAACAAAUGGUGAACGUAUAAAAGAGGGUAUAUCUAUCAAUUCUGGAUUGCUUGCCUUAGGAAAUGUAAUUUCUGCUUUGGGUGAUCCAACUAAGGCAAAGAAUACAACUCAUAUCCCAUAUCGAGAUUCUAAACUAACACGUUUAUUACAAGACUCUCUUGGUGGUAAUGCGUUAACAUUAAUGAUUGCUUGUGUUUCACCAGCAGAAUAUAAUGUUAUUGAAACAAUAAAUACUCUUAAAUAUGCAAACCGGGCUAGAAAUAUUAAGAAUACGGCGAUAAUUAUGCAAGAAGAAGCCGGAUGGAAUGACUUAGAACAUUUACAAAAUCUUGAUACAUUGGAUAAUGGAAGUGACUCACCUGAUAGUCAAAUUCCUGAUUCAAAAACUCCGUUACAUAUCGAUACCAACGUUAAAACUGACGAAAACUUUCAAAAUAAUAAGGAUAUCGAAGCUCUUGAGGAACAACUUGCAGAGCUUCAACGUUCUUAUAGUGAAUUAUCACAAAAUUAUGCGAAAAAAUCAAUCGAACUUGAAAUAUAUCAAAAUGUCUCAGAUAGUACAAACCCUACCUCUUCAUCUUUAACAACCAUUAAAGAAGAGGAUGAGAUGACCGUUAAUAAAUCUCAAUUUUCUGAUUUUCAAAAGGCUGUCAAGCCAGUUGUCAUGGAAUACGAAAAAUCUAUUACUUCUUUAGAAAGUCAACUUGCGCUUGCUCGUGCCGCUUUAAAUCACACUGAAGCUUCAAUGCUAGAACAAGAAGCAAAACUUCUUGAUGCUGAAAAAUUCAGAGAAGAAAGUAAAAGUGUAAUUGAUGAUCUUAAAUAUAAGGUUUCAAAACUUCAUGAACGUGAAACUACAACUGAAUAUUAUAUUCAAGACCUUGAAGCUAAAAUUAAAAUUAAUUCCGAAGAAUAUAAAAAAGAUCAAGAGACAAUUAGUGAUCUCCGAAAACAACUUAUGGAACUUAAAGAAAAUGAUAAUAAUAAUGAAAAUCUAAUUCAUCAACUUGAAACGCGUUUGGCGGCGCGUGAAAAUAAAAUAGAACUUAUGAGUUCAAAUACAGAAAAACUUGAAAAAGCUUUAAAUCAACAACAAGAUGCAUAUGCAAGAUUAGAAGAAAGAUAUGCUCAAGAAAAACUGAGAAAUGAAGAAGACAAGAAAAUGCUCAUGACAGGAAUUGAAGAACGUGAUCAUAGGAUUUCUGAGCUGGAAAAAAAAGUCGAGGAGUUGGUUGACGAAAUAUCACAACUGAAACGAUUAAAAAUGGAUAUUAGAAAUUAUCGUUCAAAUUCACUUGCUUCGGCUUCUUCAACUUCUUCGGAUCAAGAUACUCCUCUUUCCACACCUCCUGAUUCGAAUACUCCAAAAUCAUCUGUAAAUUAUUCUUCUGUGUUAGGAUUAGAAUCAAAAUUAUAUCAACUUCAAAAAACUCAUGAAAAGACUGUCUCAGAAUAUAGUGAGAUAAAGAGUAAAUAUGCCUCAUGUCUUGAAGAAAUCCAAGAACUUCAAGAACAACUUCGAGCUAAAUUGAACAUUAAUAUAAUACCUGGAACCCCAUCAACUUCUACCGGAACAUCUUUUGGAGAACUUGCAGAUAUGGAUCCAAAGUCUUUAUCGCCAUCCACUCAUGGAACCCAUCGUAAAGCUAAAUCUCUAUCUUCUGAAUUAAAAGGGAUAGAAAAACGCGAUAGUUCUAAUGCUGCUAUUAUUCAAAGACUUCAAAUUGAAUUAAAACAACUUGAAUCGCUUCAUGAAGAUAAAGAUCAAGGUCUUAAUGCUGUUAAGCAGGAAUUUGCUCGUCUUGAGAUUAAUCAUCGGGAAGCUCUUGAAAUUGUUGAAGAACUUCGUGAAGAAAUAAAAAGAAGAGAUGCUCUUGCCCAAAUGGAAGUCAUGUCCGCCAUGGGAUCAGAAUAUACUAACAACGAAUAUUCUACAUCAGCUAGUGAAGUUGAUCAACUUGAGAUCGUUCAUCGUCUUCGUGAAGAAGUUGAACAACUCAAAGAAGAGCAACGAAAGACUUUGGAAAGUAUUUACGAACGUGAAGAAAAUGGAAAAGAUGAAGUUAAAAAAUUAGAAGCCACUAUAAAAGAUCUUAAAUCUGAAAUGCAGAAAUUACUUGAAGAACAGGCCUUAAAGAAUUCCGAAGUCUCUGAUACUGUAUCUGAUGAUAAUAAUGAUGAACAAGUCCAAGAAAUGCAAUUAACAAUAAAAUCACUUGAGGAACAAUUAUCAGAAGCUAAACGGCAGUUUUAUAUCGCAGAUGCUGCCUCUCGUCUCGAGGGUAACAAUAAAAUAGAACCGAAUAUGGAAAAUUUUGAACUUAGACAGCAAGUCGAAAAACUUCAAAAUGAAAUUGAAGCAAAGAGUCAUACAAUAGCUGCCUUAUUAUUCCCAUCAAUUGAACAUCAAAAUACAAUUCGCAGACUUGAAGAUGAACUUGAAAAAGUUCGAGAAGCUCAUCAACAAGCUAUUUUAGAAAAAUCAAGCCAGUUAGCUUCAAUUGCGGAAGAAUUUGAAGAUGGAGGAAUUGAUGUUUCUGAAUAUUCUGCUGCUAGAGAGCAAACUUAUGACAAACAUGUACAAACUCUUGAAGAAAAAGUUAAAGAUCUUGAAUCACAAUUGAGCAAAGCAAGAGAAGCACAGCAUAUUCCAACACCUCGAACUUCAAUUCAUUUUGAUAUUGAUCCAACACGAACAAACAUAAACAGUCUUGAAGAAAAAUUAGCUAUCUUGCAACAUGAUUUAGUUCUCAAGACAAAUACUAUCGAAAAUUUAAAUGAAGAACAAGAAAUUGUAACAGCACUUCAAGAACAACUUCUCCUGCUUAAAUCAGAUAUUCAACGCAAAUACGAACUUAUCGAAAUCUUGAAAAGAGACCUUGCUGAUAAGAGUAUGCUACAGCAAAAAUUAAGGGAAAAAGAGGCUGAAGCACUUAUUUUCAAAACAAAACUCAUGGAAGUUAACAAAAAAGAGCAAGAAUAUGAAGAUGAAACCAAAAAACUUAAAGAACAAUUAAGUAGAUUAGAAAGUGGAGAAGAUGUAAAUGAGGUUCUUCAAGAAGAAUUAGAUAGGCUGAAAAAAGAAAUUAUAGAAGUUCGUGAAAAAGAAUCUAUUGCACUUGAAAGAUUUCGAGUAUUGAAAGCCAAAUUAGGUUCCGAUCCUGAGGAAAAUCAACUUCAAGAUGAAUUAGAACGUUUACGAAUCGUGGAAAUAACGCAAAGAGAAAGAAUAGCAAUUUUGGAAAGUAAACUUUCAGAGCAAGGAGAUCAUGUUGAAUGUGAUAUUGCACAACUUCAAAAUGAUUUGCUGUUAGCAAAGGAAUCUGAGGCAGCACAAAAGAAUAUAAUCGAAAGUCUUGAAGCAAAAUUGCGUAAGGCUGAGGAUAAGUCUCAAAUAAGCGCAUAUCGACGUGAAAUAAAUGAGUUGAAAACUAAAGAAACAGAAUAUUUGAAAAGAAUAAAUGAAUUAGAAUAUCAAUUAAAGGAGCACGAUACUAAGGACCUAAAUGAGGUUAACAAACUUAAUGAAGAGUUAGAGAAAAUGAGAGCUAUAGAACGAGAACAACGUAAACAAAUUGAAACCCUUGAAACACGAUUAGAACUUGUCAACGAUGAAGAUCCCAAUGUUUCUUCAUUGAGAGAUCAAAUCGCUAAAUUGAAAGCUUCAGAAUCUGAUAUGCGUAGAACUGUACAGGAUUAUGAAUUAAAACUUGCAACAGCACAGAAAGAGGCUAAAAUUUUCGGUACGGUUAAAGAAGAAGUUAAAUUCUUAAAGGAAUUAGAAACUGAGCAAAAAUCCACAAUUGAACAAUUGCAAGCGCAACUUAGUAAACUUAGAACUUCUAAAGAAGCAGCUGUUAACGAGCUUCAAACUAUGAAAGGAGGUUUUGUUAUUCAAAAGGACUUGGCAAUCUCCCUCGAAAAAGAAGUAAACUCUCUAAGAGAACAAUUGGCAGCUAUAAAGAAUAUUGACGCUAAAUCAUAUGAUCAUGAAGAAAUGACCAAUUUGAUAAACAAAACUCAAAAAGAACGUGACGAUGCACAAAACACAGUCAAAACUUUGGAAAUUGAAAUCAAAACAUUUAAACUAGCAGGAGUUGCUGGUAAUGAAAAUGUUGGCGCUUUAAGAUCAGAACUAGCAAAUACUAAACUUGAGAUGGCGGCUCAAAACGAGAUUCUGGCAGAUCUUGAUUCUCAGAUAAGUAAUAUGGACAAAGAACGUAAUCAGAGUAUCCAACGCAUUCAAGAGUUAACAGAAGCUCUUAAAGAAAAAGAAUCUAGCCAAAAGGAUGCCAUUAAGAACCUUGAAUGCACUUUAGCAAAUUUAGAUUCUGAACUUACUGUGGCCAAGGAUUCCUCCAACACGAGCAAAAAAACAAUUGCAACUCUUGAAGAAAAACUUGCUACUGUGCGUUCACAAUUAAAUGAUGCUAAGGCUUCCGAUGAAAGACGUUCAAAUAUUAUGAAUGAGUUGGAAAAGAAAUUAAAGAAUACUCUUAAUAUUUUAACGGACAAAGAAGAAAGUAUCAUUAACCUUGAUGUUAUGGUCUCAGAAUUGGACACUGUUAUACAAAAAACACAAUUAGAACUUCAAACAUCAAAAGCGUCUGAAGAAGAUGCGGCCAGACGUGAAAAUGAAUUAGAAGCCAAACUUGCAGAAUUAACUUCCAGGUUACAAAAUACAAACAAUAGCAGUGCAGAAUUUGCAAAAAUAAAAGCUUCAGAAACAAAACAUAUGGAACAAGUUAAGCUCCUGGAAACUAAACUCAAAGAAGCUGAGGCACAUCGUGUUGAAGAAAUGUCCAAACUUAAAAAGGCAAAUAAAGAAAUCGAGUCACUUAGUGAUAAAUGUAAUCAAUUACAAAAAGAACUCGAAGAUGCACAAUGGGAUUCUGUCAUCCAGAGUUAUGAAAAUGUUGAUGAUACUAUGGUUGAAGAUCUUACCAAUCAACUUAAACAG